UUGGGAUGGAAAAGUUAUCGAGAAUUGUGUGAUCGAGAAGAAUUUGAGCCCAGCAAGGAUUUGUAUUGUAUUAAUCAAAUUCUUUUUCCGAAAUUUGUUAAUCGGAAAAUUGAGAUUCUCAGUUGGCAACCGGCUCUCGUAAAGUAUCAUGGAUUUUUUGACGAAAAUAAAGUCAAUUAUUUUCUGAAUCUAAUCAAUAGUAAAACACAGGUUGCUCAGGUUAGUUUAGGAAUUAUUCAAUAGAAAAAUUAGUUUAUUGAGAAAUUAUUUUUCACCAUUUUCAAACUGUAAAUAUCUAUAUACUCGAUCAUGAGUAAAUUUAAAUAAAAAAUCCACAGAUCACUUUAAAUAAUAUUUUUCAGGAAGUUGUGAAUGAUGAUGGAGAUUCACUUCACCCUGCUCGUCAAGUCAAUGGAUCUUUUAUUUAUCUAACAGAUAUUCCAGAUAUGGUAGAUCAUAUUGAAGGAUAUUUACCUGAAAUAGACUUCAAAGCAUCUGAACCAAUCACCUCACUUUCAUAUCUUCCUGGCGGACAUUAUGCACCUCAUCAUGAUCAUCUUGAAAGAUAUUCUGGAGAAGAUUGGUGGAUGGAUAAUAUGCGAAACCGUAUGGCCACUCUAAUCUUCGUUUUCAAAAAAGCUGAAUCUGGUGGUGGUACAGUUUUUCCAAGUAUUGAUGUGACUGUUCGCGCUGAACCUGGUGACGCAUUUCUCUGGUUUAAUAUGAAAGGAGAUGAAUCGCUUGAAGAAUUAUCAUUACAUGGUGGAUGUCCAGUUUACUCGGGAGAAAAAAUCAUUGGAACUAUUUGGAUUCGGGCAGUGAAUCAACCAAUAUUAUCGAAGAUUCUGGAUGGUCAGAAAACUCUUUCAGCUGAUUUAAUUAUUUGA